AGAGUGUAGGUUUUUGUGUGCAUGGAGGAUGAUGAUCGAGCUGCAGACAAUCUGUGUGUUUAUUUUAUAAAAUAACUCAAUAAGCAGUUCAAACUUUGAGUAAAGUGUCCGGAAGUCUCUGUGGUGCAUUAAAUCAACGCUGGAGUCGUCAGCUGGUUGACCAGAGUGUCUCUGCGGGAGGAAAUGUACCGAGGUCGGCCUCCGCAGAGAGGAGGCUACCGGCCGCCUUUCGAAGGCCGAGGUCUGCCGCCCCCGAGGCCCUACCCGGCUCCGGGCUACAGAGACGACCGGAGCCGGCCCAGGCCUCCGUUCCACCCGGGCUACCACGACCACGGUCACCCGGACUCCUACCGCCGCUCCCCGCCGCGCAGGAGGUACCCUUCACCCGGGUCAGGAAGCCACCGAGGCGGGGAGUACUGGGCCGGAGGUCCGCCGAGAGACAGGUCUCCGUCACCUCGCGGGUCGGGUCCCAUCGACCACAACCUUGUCAUCACCGUCGGCAACGAGCUGACCGGACCAUCUGGCUCGGCCCCUUCACGCCAUCAUGACAGAGACUACCCUCCUCGACCCGAGUACGAGCGGAGCAGGAGCCGGGGCCAGAGCCGACCUCGCAGCCGGAGUCCGGACCGGAGCCGGGCCAAGAGCCAGGUGAGGAGCAAGAGCCGGCCCCGCAGCCAGAGCCGCAGUCCAGACCGGAACCGGGCCAAGAGCCGGGGCAGGAGCCGGAGUAAGAGUCGCAGUCCAGACCGGAGCCGGGCCAAGAGUCGAGGUCGGAGCCGGCCCCGCAGCCAGAGCCGCAGUCCGGACCGGAACCGGGCCAAGAGUCGAGGUCGGAGCCGGCCCCGCAGCCAGAGCCGCAGUCCGGACCGGAACCGGAACAUGAGCCGGGGCCGGGGCCGGAGCAAGAGCCGCAGUCCGGACCGGAGCCGGGCUAAGAGCCGGGGCCAUAGCAAGAGUCGCCCCCGCAGCAGGUCUAGGUCUAGGUCCAGGUCCAGAGGGCGGAGCCACGGGCGCAGUAAGAGCCGACAGAGGAGUCGCAGUGGGAGCAGCAGCAGCUCCAGCUCCAGCAGCGGAGACGACAGUGAAGAGAAAUCCAGGAAAGAGUUCAAAGAGCUGGAGACGGCUCGGCGCAGGAAGGAGCUGGAGGAGAUGCUGAGUCUGCCCACCAAAUCCAUCCUGAAGAAACGCAACGACUCCGAGGACUCGCCGUCAGUCAGGAGCUCAGACUCUCCCAGAGGUCCGGAAGGCUCCAACAUGUCGCGGGUGGCCGACCAGCUGCUGCAGGCCGUUCGAGGCAUGGAGCCUCACAUGGUGGCCUCCAUGCUGUCAGAGCUGCGGUCCGACCCGCAGAUGGCUCGCCGUGUCGGCCUCGACGCCGAGAUCACGGAGAUCCUCCACCUGCUGGAGGGGACGAUGGGGGCCAAGCCUCAGGAGAAGGCGGAUGACAUCGAUGAUGAGGAGAAGUUCCUGUACGGAGACUCGGAGGAGCCCAAACCUCCACCGCCGUCCGAGCCGGUCCGACACCAGGGGCUGGACCUGUACGGAGACCUGACGGAGGAGGCGCUGUACGGAGAUUACCCCCCACAGAAACACACCAUCUCUCAGGCGUACGGCCUUCCCUCGGGGGCCUCGCCUCGCCUUCAGGCCCAUCCCACAAUGGGGGAGGUUGACAUGAGGUACGCGAGCCGGCCCUCCAUCAGCCCUGACCAGAACAUCACGGUCCAGGUGGCGAAUACCUCCUUCCAGCCGGAGACGGAGCCGCUGGAGGAGGGCGAGCGUCAGGCGAUGGAGGAGUACGAAAAGAUCCAGGACCUGCUGAAGACCAUCGGCCUGGACCUGGGCGUGACCGAAAUCAGCAAGAUGGCCGCCAGGACCAAAGAGCGUCUCCAUGGAAACAAGCCGCCUCCAAAGACGCCCACACGCGGCGGUACUCCUCCGGCAGCUCGGAUGGCAGCCGCGGUCGCGGGAGGCGGAGCCACAGCGGCAGCUCCAGCAGCAGCAGCAGCAGCCAGAGUCGCAGCCGUGGACGGGAGGACGACCGGGGGGGGCAGCUGGAGCAGCGACGACGGCCGCAAGAAGAGCUCAGCGACGCCCAAAUCUCUCAAAGAGUCGAACAACAAGCAGAGCGCCGCCGCGCCACCACCAAACAAAGAGCCGCCGCCAAAAACCCCUGACCCUAACAUCCUCCCCCCUCACCCUGGGGUGCCCAUACCCUCCUACCCCCCCUCACAGGUCCACGGCAUGAUGCCCCCCAACUUCCCCCCGCCAGGUUACGGCCAGUACGGGAAUUACCUUCCCUACAUGCACCAGCAGUGGCCGCCCAUGUACCCGCCCCCCAACAUGGCGCUGCCCCCCCAAAGCGGCCCUGAAGACUUCCCCCCCACUCUGCCCUACAAACAGCCCUACAGCAAACCGGCCCCUGAGCCGGGGGUCAAAGGUUUGGGGAAGACUUUUGUUCAGGAUGGUGAGAAGGGGAAAGUCUGCAGCCAUGAGAGGAAAGUAUCUGAGGAGCAGAACAACGAGAGCCAGAAACAAAAGGUUCUGGAGGAGAGAGAGAAGCUGAAGCAGGAGAGAGAGAUCAGGAUGAAGAAGAAAGAAUAUCUGAUGAAGGAGCUGGAGAGACUCAGGAAGCAACAAGGCGAGCUGCUGAGGAAGAAGCGGCGGGAGAAGGGCGGCCAUAAAGACCCUCUGCUGCAGGAGAUCAGCCACCUGCAGGAGGAGGUCAUGGUUCAGAUCUCCAACCUGCGCAAAGAGCACGAGGCCGCCGAGAAGAAACGCAACGAGAUAGAAAAGAUAGCGCUCAUCCUCGGCCUGAUCCCGUCUGACCGGCCCCGCAGGAUCGUCAAACCGGCCGAGGACCAGGAGGACGAACAGCCGCCGCCGCCAGAGAAGAAGAAACGUGAGGCGGAGAUUAGUCCUGAGCGACGGCAGGAAGUCUGCACCUCCACAAUAAAGCAGACCUCAGCGGCGGCGGCGGCGGCACCGUCAUCGAGAGCAUCCCCGGACAAGCCGCCCGUCGAGGCUCCGCCCCCGACCCCGCCCCCGGAGCCGUUUGAAUACUAUGACGCUGGAAACCACUGGUGCAAAAACUGUAACGUCACCUCUGGUUCCAUGUUUGAUUAUUUCACUCACUUGCACAGCAAAACGCAUCGAAAGACUCUGGACCCGUACGACCGGCCCUGGGCGUCCACUCCCACCAAAAUCGCCAAGAACCUGCAGUCAGAAGAGAAGCUGACGAAACCAGCCAAAGGUUCGGAGUUCUUGCUGCCCGUCAGAGGAUUCUUCUGCCUGCUGUGUAAACAGUUUUAUGGAGACGCCAUCUGUGCAGAAGAGCACGUCACCACACAUGCUCACAACGAGAAAUACAAGAAACAAAUCUACGAGAAUCCUCUUUAUGAACAGAGGAGGAACCUGGACCGCCAGGCCGGACUGGCCUCCGACGCCAGCGGGAAGAAACGCAAACAUGAGGAGGAAGAGAAGGGCAACAAGGAGGACAAGUCCAAACACAAAAAGGAGAAAAAGGACAAGGAGAAAAAGAAGGAAGAGGACGACGCUGUUCUGAAGGAAGACAAAAUUCUAAAGGAGGAAGCGGAGGAGGCGAAGCCGAGCAAAAAAGAGGAGGAUUUUAAAAAUGCCAAAAGAGAGGAGGAAGAGGAGAGGCCUUCUUCCAGCAAGAAAGAGGAGGAUGAAAAGUAUAAAUGCAGCAAGAAGGAUGAUAAAUACCGCUACAGCCGAGAGGAAGAGGAGAGGGGUAAAUACAGGAGAGGAGAAGAGGAUGACAGAUACAAAUACAGCAGAGAAGAAGAAUAUCGUUACCGCUAUCGCAGGGAUGAAGAUGACCGAUAUGACAACCGUCCCAAAUAUGGGCCGAGAGACGAAGAGUAUAAACACGGUAAAUAUUCAGAUUUCAGACCCAAAUAUGACCGAGAGCGAGACGAAGGGAAGCUUAAGACUGAGAAGGAAGCUUUGAAAAAGGUUGAGUCGGGAAAACCAGCAGCGAAAACAGAAAUCAACAAGCCUGAACCUCCGCCAAAGCCCUACGACCCGCCCAAAAUCCUCUGUGGACCCAGUCCAGCCAUGAGGGCAAAGCUCCGCAAGCAGAGCCUGGAAACCGGCAAAUCGCCACCUGUGGCCGCGACCCCUUCGUUCGGAAAGUUCACAUGGAAGAAGAAGGAAAAUGUUCUGGCGAAGGAGGCGGAGAAAGUUGCCGCAGAGUUCAUUAAGGAUGACGAAGCAGCUGCAAAGCUGAACCCGGUCUCGGUGGAGGAUUCUUUUGCAAAAUCUAUGGCUGUUGCUAAGGAGAUCGCCAGCAAGCUGUCGGGCCCCCAAACCACGCCUCCCUGGGUGGCCAACCGCGCCAACCGGGGAAGAAUCCGGCCUAACCUCCCUGCACCUGCUGCAGUCCUGAGGAAAGCAGCCAUGAUGGGUAAACCUGCACCUCUGAAUACCUUCCUCUCCAUUAGACCCCAAAACACCGGGUCACUAGGUCCUGCUCAAAAAGAAGAACCGUUAUUCUCUGAUGGUCUCACAAGGGCUUUAAAUGCUCAGAACGCACUGCUGGAAACUAAACCUCAGCCACCAAGUGGUGCACCUGGGACUGCACCGGCGGUGUCAGGAGCUGCACCAUUUGGGCCUAAACUUCCGCCACCAAGUGGUGCACCUGGGACUGCACUGGCGGGGUCAGGACCUGCACCAUUUGGGCCUAAACUUCCGGCAUCAAGCGGUGCACCUUGGACUGCACCGGCGGUUUCAGGACCUGCACCGUUUGGGCCUAAACUUCCGGCACCAAGCGGUGCACCUGGGACUGGACCGGCAGUGUCGGGACCUGCACCAUUUGGGCCUAAACUUCCGCCACCAAACGGUGCACCUGGGACUGAACCGGCGGUGUCAGGACCUGCACCAUUUGGGCCUAAACUUCCGCCACCAAACGGUGCACCUGGGACUGGACCGGCGGUGUCAGGACCUGCACCAUUUGGGCCUAAACUUCCGCCACCGAUGUCAAGACCACCACUAUUUGGGCCUAAACAUCCGCCACCAGUGUCAAGGCCUGCGCUGUUUGAUGCUAAAUGUCCGCCGCCGCCGAUAUCAAAACCUGCACCAUUUGGGCCUAAACUUCCGUCGCCGGUGUCAACACUUGCACCAUUUGAAGCUAAUUGUCCGCCACCAGUGUCAAAACCUGCACCAGUUUGUAACCCUGCGCCACCAGUUUGUAACCCUGCGCCACCAGUUUCUAAACCUAAGCCUACACCAUCUGAAACUACCCCUGCUCCAUCCGUGGCUAAACGGGCACAACCGACAAUGAUAAAGAUAGUGUCUGACGUGGCAGCUCCUGGCGUCCCGGAGGGGGAGCAAACUCGUACGGUUUUCGUCAAGCCUCCACCUUUCAUGAACAUGGCCGAUGGAGCUCAGAAGUCUGACAAACUUAAGAGUAAUCUGGCUGCAGCCAAAGCCCAAGACUUGUUCAACAUCUUCUACAGCAAGGUCGGCCAAUCAGGCACGUCCUCCAUCACCAAACCAGCAACAGACGCCAGAGCUGACAGGAGCAGCACCAAUAAAAGUCAACUUCCUACCACGCAAGCCCCAAAACCUCAACCUCCGCUUCUUACCCAGUCCAAACCUCCAUCAGAGGUUUGUAAAUCUCUACAACCAGACCCAGCACGUCCCCAAAUCCAGCCAGAAUCAGACAUCCAAAUUGCAUCUGUUUGGUCCUUGCAGACCUCUCCAACUCCAACACCUGAGGUGGCUCCAUCUGCAACACAAAAAACCCAGCCAAAACUGAAUCCACCAGGCCAGACCGAGGCUCAGAGUGUACCCCAAAACCAGUCCUCAACUCCUAAAUCUGAGGCUCAAAUCGCCCCACAAACUAAGCCUGCCGAGCUGGAACCAACACCUCAAACUCAGUCCCAGCCAAAACUGGCCCCUCAAACCCAAACGGAGCCCCAACCAGAACAGGGGUUCCAUCUAGAGACCCAUACCGAUACAGCUCCAGAACCUUCACCCAAGCCAGGCCCCAAAACUAGAGGCAAGGCGACUCUGACAAAGAGAACCCCUCCUGCCCCCCGCCCUAUCCGACAGACUAGAUCUCAAACCAGAUACCAGACCCGGCAGCAGAAGCAGAGCCAGUCCGAGCCUGAACUCGCUUCAGGAGAUUCUGACUCGGCAGCUUCGGGGCUUGACAUGUCAGAUCUCGGCUCUGGGUCGCAGCCGGGGGAGGGGACGCCCAGCGAGGAGGCCCCUCAGGUGAUGGAGAUCACCCCUGAAACCCUGGGCCUCCCCUCAGACAUGACCUCUCUGAACUUUGAUUACAAUUUUAACUUUGAGUAGGAGUGGACCGGACUGACGGGGGUUUCUAUAAAACCACUCGUAUAUCCAGGAAGUCUUUGAUCAAUAAUUUACUGGACUUGAAGGCAGCUGGUGAGAAAGACCCUGACGGACUUGAGACUUUUAAAACGCGGACCUUCAUCUGUUUAGAGGGCCAGUUUGACGUUUAGUGAAGCCCUCUUGUUGUCUGGUGUUUCAGAUGGAUAUCAGUUUCAGUCCAGUACAGACACACGAGUCCUGGACGUCUCUAGACAUGAUAAUCAAUAACAAAAACUCCCCUGAAAACACAAAACAACAACAUAUUCAUUAAUAUUUAUUCAAGUAUUGCCUUUGAGUUGUAAGUUACUUUAUGAGGCCAAAAGGUCCGGGUCUGUUUCACGGUUUGGGCUGGACCCAAAAGGGUCACAAGAUCAUGUUAAAGGGAUAGCUCAGGUGUUUCUCAGUGUGGUUGUAUGAGGUUCUAAUCCACAGUCAGUGUAUUAUUACAGUAGAUGGAGUUUGGAGCAAAGCAAUGUGCUGCUGUGGACGGAUUUGAAACACCUACAAAAAUCAAUAUCAGUAGAGGAUUGCUGUGCGCUUCAGUGUACGCUGUAUUUAGAAUAUUUUCACCUCUUUACCUCGCUGUCAGACAGCCCUUUUCUGACGGAGAACUGAAGCCGUUAUAUCGCUCUCUUCACAGCCACCAGACUCCAUUCAC